AUGGCGAGCGCCGCGCUGGCGAGCCAGGGUGAGCCCUGGCGCUCGCGGGAAGUGGCAGCGGCCAGCAGCCUGGCGCAUAUGGUGCGGUGGGUGCCGCUGCAGCAGGAUGGCACCCCCGACCUGGAGUCGGCGCCCGGCAGAUCUGCGAUGAGCCGCCUCCUGAGCAUGCUGGAGCUGGUCGGCCAGGAGCUGGGAGCCGAGCGCGCGGCGAGGGACUACCGCUCCGCCGUGGCGGAGCACCACCGGGCGCGCUGGCUGCAGCAGGGGUUCCUGUACAGCCUGGAGGUGCUGGCAAAGUGCAACGAGGGCCAGAGCGAGGUCGUGGUCAACGGGCGUGCGUUCCACAUGAGCCGCAAGACGGCACGCCUCACCGGGUGGGUGCGGCGCCGGUGGUGCGAGGUCUUUGCGCUGCUGCGGCAGAUGCGCAAGCGGCCGGCCGAGGCCUGGGAUGCGCUCCUGAAGGUGAGCUUGAGCGAGGCCCUCAGUGCGCUGGACCAUGCCUGGGCCUCCUUUGAGGAGAGGUUCUUCGCGGAGCUGAGGCUCUACGAGGUGCAAGCCCAGGACAGCGCCGACCUCGUUCGCGGAUUCCGCAGCACCGCCGCUGCUGCACGGGACGGCGGUGCGCAGGGGGAGGCAAGCUGCUACGAGUCCAGCUGCUGCUGGCAGCUCGUCGACCACAUAUCGAUGCUCAACUUGGUGCACAACCCAGGCCGCACGGGGCGCAUUUUCUCGGCCGGGGUGCUGAUUGUGUCCGAGAUGGUUGUUCGAUCCAGUCAACCGCUCGUGCCGCAUCAGCAAGACGCCGUCUUCGACCCAGGCUGCCUCAUCGCUAGCUGCGCCAUCGAGGCGUUUGACAACCUGUGCGACUUCAUCCUCGAGAGCGCAGACGGCGGCACUGCAGGCCAGCACAGCAGCGCAGGCCUGGUCGAGGUGUUGAGCGCGUGGGAGUCCAGCUGGGAGCUCGCCGUCACCUACGUGGCCGACGAGGGCAACCUCCGCGCGCUGCGCGCCCUGGUGGCCUGCACGAGGCAGGCCCACGCCGUCUCGCCGCGCCUGGCCGCCCUCUGCGACGACCACGACCCGGAGGCCUUCCUGGUGCUGCCCCGCAUCGUGUGGCUCUGCUUCCUGGAGGGGCAGCCUGGGGUGGCCUCGCUGCUGGCCCCGCUGCUCCCCCCGCACGGCGCGGAGGAGGUGCGGGCCCUUCAGCGCGAGCUCCGGGGGCUGGCGGCCCUGCUCGCCGGGGCCUCCGCGGAGGGCGAGGGCGCCGGCGCCGCGGCCCCGGCCGCCGGGCGGGGCCGCGCCCUCGUGGGCGCCGCCGUGCGGGGGCCGGGCGGCGACUUCGCAGACCUGGGGCUGGCGGAGGGCACGGAGGAGCUGCUGCGGGGGGUCCUGCGCACGGCGGAGGGGUGGAGCCUGGAGCUCCAGAGGCACCGCGCGGAGGGCUGGAACCACCUCUGCGCGGUGCUCCUCUGGUGCCUCGCGGCGCGCAGGCUCGGGGCGGAGCGGGGGGGCCAGUGA